GGCUGGGCGGAGCGGAGCCAUGUCGGGCCCGGGGCUGGUGGCCGGGGAGGUGGCGGUGGACGCGCUGCCCUACUUCGACCAGGGGUACGAGGCGCCGGGCGUGCGGGAGGCGGCUGCGGCGCUGGUGGAGGAGGAGACGCGGCGCUACCGGCCCACCAAGAACUACCUCAGCUAUUUGCCUGCGCCCGACUACAGCGCCUUUGAAACCGAGAUCAUGCGCAACGAGUUCGAGCGCCUGGCGGCGCGGCAGCCCCUCGAGCUGCUCAGCAUGAAGCGGUACGAGCUGCCGGCCCCCUCCUCCGGCCAGAAAAAUGACAUCACGGCCUGGCAGGAGUGUGUCAACAACUCGAUGGCCCAGCUGGAGCACCAGGCUGUCCGCAUCGAGAACCUGGAGCUGAUGUCUCAGCACGGCUGCAACGCAUGGAAGGUGUACAAUGAACAUCUAGUUCAUAUGAUAGAACAAGCCCAGAAAGAACUGCAGAAACUGAGGAAAAACAUUCAAGAUCUCAACUGGCAGCGUAAAAACAUGCAACUUACAGCUGGGUCUAAGCUACGAGAGAUGGAGUCAACGUGGGUGUCUCUGGUUAGUAAAAACUAUGAGAUUGAGAGAACUAUUGUGCAGCUUGAAAAUGAAAUCUCACAGAUUAAGCAGCAGCAUGGGGAAGCAAACAAGGAGAACAUCCAGCAAGACUUUUGAAGGUCUGGCACUGCCGUUGCAGUGCAGCACAUGUACCGCUAUUCCUGGAGAAGCUGCAUGGCCUUGGGCUCCUAUAGUUAGGGGUAUGUAGUGAAACAGGAAGACGUACUGUGCUCAGGUUGUUUUUAUUUUAAGUCUAGCAGGAGGUGGAACAGGUUCAGGGAAAAUUCUGCUGCAUAGACUGAUGGCGCGAUUAAGUGUAAUUUAAAGUGUCUGAAUUUCACAAGUACGUUAGUUCCUGGACUGAACAUGUUUAAAUCAUUUGUAUGUUUUUAUUCCUGAAAUAAACGUUUUGUUUUCUUCCAA